AUGCAGACCCUUCUUCAGGAAUCCAUUCGCGACCGCAAACGCAAGCUGUUGGCCGAUGCAUCUUCCAUUGCUUUAACAGUGGACGACAAGUCCCCCUUCAGGUUGGUCAGGUUCAAGGCGGCCAAUCUCGCGGGCGAGGUCGCCUCCGGUAUUAUGUGCCUCAUCAAGCCCUCCAAGAUGCUAGAGGAUGAUCCGGAGCUAUGGGAUGCUGACAAGAGUCAGCUUGCCGCAGACUCCAUUGCUGCAGGCAUUCGUGAGCUGUGCACACGCUUCGGACAGCGUUCGCAUGAUGAUUCUCUUUUUCAUCGAAUCUGCAAUGCCGUCAAGUCCUUCUCCGCAGACGGCGCAGCCUAUGCUCAGAAGGUCGGAAGGUUGAUCAAGAAGUUUUGCGUGAACGUGGUCGUGGUCUGGCGCGACGCUGCGCACUGCAUCCGCCUGGCUGCGCAGAACCCGCUCGACAACAUGCCGGCAUAUUCCGAAGCCUGGCAAGCUCUGUUCGGAGCAAAAGGACCAUUGCCUAUGCUGCAACACUCGAGCGAAUGGAGGGCGAAGCUUGCAACGCUUUCUAAGAAACUGCUGCAGGACGGCCUAUUGGGCGGUGUCUUGAAAACUCCAUUGCGACAUUUCGGCUGGGCGCAACAGCGUUGGGAAUCGAGUGCGGUGCCUCACCGAAGAUUCUGCUUCUUGGUUCUGCCAAUCGCCCUCCUGCUGGCCAUGGUGGCAGCCGACUCGCGGUCGGAGGCGUGUGUGCGGUCGCGGUGUCAUGAGACUCUCCGAGCUUUACGGCCGGGGCUGCUGGUGACGAUUGGCCUUUGUGCAGACUACAUGGCAGAGAUCAUGUCGUUCUUGAGGCAUUUUGAGAAGGACAUUGAUGUUGCUUUGCUACCCAGGCUCAUCGCCCAGUUUAACAGCCGCCUGCAGAAACUCUUCUUAGACUGCGGUAUCCUCGAAGACAUCGACGACAGUGAUGACAUAGAUGAAGGUGUUGCUUUGGCCGUCAGGAACGGCAUGAGUAGCCCUCCGGUGCAAGUGGGGUCCAAAGUCUACCAUGUUUGGCCAAAGGGCAGCGCAUCAGCGGACACAGAGAUCAAGGACGCCGUGCAAACGAUCCAGGUCGCGGUCACCCUUUUUCAAGAGCGCAUAGAUGCAGAACUGCCGGAGAGCGAUUUGAGGAUGAGCCUGGACAUCUUUGAUUUGGCCGAGCACUGGCUGGACAUCCGUUCGCGGUCGUCGUCGCAGAAAAAUUCUGUUGUGCGAAAAACGAUCAUGUGGUUUCGCCUUAUGAAAUUUAACGGCCAAGACUGUGCCUGCGGAGUCCAGGAGUUCGAAGAUGCUGCGUCGUCGUCGAGCCGCCACGACUUAGUUGACAACAGGCAGAUCUGGGCCGAGGUUUGCGCUUGCGAUGGGUGGCGCCGCCUGAAGGUUCUGGUUGCCUUCUACCUGUCCAUUGAUGCCGGCACCUGUGAGCUCGAACGAAACCUUGGAAGACUGAAGCAUCUCAGUGACACCCACUCUUCCGAGAGCGUGUUGGACUUGCAGCGAUCCUUGGAAAUCAUCUUAGAUGGCCCAGCGGGCGAGGACUUGUUUGUGCGCAAGGUUCCUUCCAACGAGACAUCCAUUGAUCUUUCGGGCAAGCUGCUGCCUAUGCUGUCGCAGUCUCAACCCAUGUUACUGCUCAACGACGCUUCGAGAGAACUUUGUGCUUCCUGGGUGGCUUACUUCGGCAGGAGGUUCCAUGUCUAUAAGACCAGAUCGGACAAAGGAAUCUUGAGAGGCCACCAGGCCGGAUCAGAAGCGCACCUGAUAUCUGCCCAGCAGAAGCUGCGAGAUGCCAUAGUGGCGGGCAAGACGACAGACAAGCAACUGCUGUCGAGGCCGCGGUCGACGUUUGCAACUACCUUGUCCAGCAGGAGCCUGGAAAACCACAGGCUUUACAAUGAGGACGUGGCAAACUAUCGAAAACGAACAGCUGACAUCAAAGCCAAGAACAAGGAGUCCUCUGCUGCAGCCCGAAAUGGUCUCGACCCAUUCCCUGCAGGCCCGCAGCGCCCGGGUAAAAUUUUCCAGAGAAGCACUCUGCAAUGCAGCCUGGGCGCCGGAAAGCUGGUGGCGGUCGAUAUCUGUGAGGUGGCAGUGGCGCCCCUUCACCGAACCAAGGUCUUGCGGCCUCGCGCCACAUGGUCCGGUAGAACCUUGCUGGACAGUGUCAAGAACUGUGCGGUCGCGGUCGUUGACCACCUCUCCGAUGUCAACUACACUCAAUGCAGCAUGAAGUUGAAGGUGGUGCUCGCGGUCGUGGCUUUGGGUCGUGGCUUCAUGGCUAGGGAGCGCUGGGAGACCUCUGAGACAGAACGUGCGCUGAAAAGCAGAUGUGUGUUCUGCCAGGCCAGCCUCACUGCGAAGUCGUUGACUAUUGUGAUGCGCAAGACGUUUGAGGAGAAACAUGCAUCACUGGCUCGAUUCAUCCGACUUUUGGUGGAUCUUCCCGGGGGGAAAUGGAAGAUUAUCUCCGAGACGGACGAGAUGCCGAGGACGGCAUUCCGUUUGGACAAUGUGGCUGAUGUUUCGCGCUUGGUGUUGGAAGUGCAAGUCAUGGAUGACAGCAGCAUCAAUGCCGGGUUUCUGCAGGCUCGUUGA